GACCAAUCAUUGAGGGAUGCUGUGAUUCCUGCUGUCUCCAGACUCAUGAGAUCUCUCCACUUUCCAAAGGUUUACAGGGAGAAGAUGAUCUUCCUCAUCCUGCAGCUCCUCUUCCUCACCUCCUGUGUCUCUGGAACAUUUGUAGUGAAUGUGGCUCAGACUUCCCAUCAGGCAGAGGAGAACCAGAACAUCACCCUGGAGUGGACCUUCAGCUCCAGAACAGACACUAACUUCAGAUCCAUUUCUAUCUACUGUGAGAUGUUUACUGAUGGCAGACCCUACGUCCUGUUUCAUCUAUACAAAGGUGAUGAACUCCCAGAGUCUCAGGAUCCACAGUUUGCAGGACGAGUCCAGUGGGACAAAGACGUCCUCACAGAAGGACGCCUCACACUUCAUGUCUCCAGACUCAGGACCAGUGACUCUGGGUUUUAUGUGUGUGCCAUACGCACACCUGAUGGGAGUAACUCUAGCAUAUGCUGGCUCGACGUCACUGCUGCUGCUCAACCAGAGAGCUGGAGAAACAACUGGAUCAACGUUAGACUGACACUGCUUUAUUUCUUUGCUGUUGUUUUUGUUUCUUUUGUUUCUUUUUCUUAUUAUUGCUUUUGUAAUUUUUUCAAUUCUUCUUUUGUUUCUAUUUGUGUUUGUUUUCUUGUUCCUAUUUUUGUUUCUUCUUUUUGUACUGCAUUAUUUUUAAGGCAUAGACAUGACACUUAAUAAACAAGACAGACUUUACAUACUAUCAGCAAAACAAAC